AUGAAGUCGCUAGUUAGGUUUCGUGUUGAGGAUAAAUUCAUUGCAGAUAUGACCUCGAGGACGGACAUCAAUGAUGAUAAGACUUUAUCAGAACUAGGUCGUGAAAGUCAAAAGAUUCGGUCUACUAGCACCUCUUCCACUGAUCAAACGCAAAUGCAAGUCGCACGGAAAGAAGGAAGCUCGGGUUUCAUGUUGCUAAGUGUGAAGCAUCUAUCCACUGUGAAAAACAUGGUGAAUACGAACGGCAGGAUAGUGAAUGCGUUGGAUGAUUGUUACGAUGAUAGCUGUAUUGCCAAAGCAGCGUCAUUGCAAAUGAAUAGUAAAAACAUGAAAGGAAAUAGUCUGGAGCUAGGGCGCCAUUAUUCAUCCACGGUCUCACUAGAAGCUGAGGAAUAUGACAACGACGAGGAAGAAGAAUUGGAUCCUCACUCGGAGCCACAUCAAAUUCUUCAGUCGAACCCACAAGUGGGUUUUCAGCCUCAGUCAUUUGUCGAGAGAAAUCAUCCGCAGGGUUAUGCUUCGACCCAAACUGGGAACAUGGAAUGUUGCGCCAACAGUGGCCACAUCGUAGAUGGAACAAAGCCCGUUGCUAUAUCAAAUCUUCAACCUGCUCAACUACCCUCAGCGAGCGCUCCAAUACCGACUUCCGUUGUGCAACAACCCUACGAUAUUCCGCUGCGAGCUACCACUGAACAAGUUCCCAGUGGUUCCAAUCACUCAGUGCUCUUUCGUCAGAUUAAUACAGACGCCGCAUCUGGUACACCGCUCGAAUCCCCGUUGGCGCCAAAUUCUGCAAAUGCUCCUUCAAAUCUCUCUGCCACCCAGGUUCAGCAGAGCAUUCAUUUGGAACUGCCUGCUUCCGGUUAUCCUGAUUCGUCAUUCGACCCGACCACACGACUCAUUGUGGCAUCGGGCGCUGCUGUUACGUCACAAGUUUCUGGGCCAAAUCUUCCAAACACAUUGGCUACAUUACCACAGCUACCCACCCAACGUUUCAAUGAGCAGCUCAAUGGCGAUUCCCUUCGCUCCGUUUCUGAUGGACCUUUAGUAAACCCUCUACUGUCUCUCAAUGCACCUAUUCAACCAGCGUCACGCUUUCGUAAGGCUCGUAUUCGCGAAACUGUUGAACAGUGGGACUCGAAUCGACUGUCUUUUCAUGAUUGUCGUCUCAAAGCCGUGCCGGAUUGGGUUUCCUACCUUAAGAAUAAGCCUAUCGAUACUUCUUUCAAUCACCCGAUUGCUCAGCGAGGUCGAUGUCUUUACUGCUAUGUACCUGGUAGUUUUGGAUCACAAUGCAGUAAUCCCAAGCACAAACGGAUUGGCUUUCGUGGGUCCGUUUUGAAACACUAUAAAGCGGUUUCCUGCUCACUUCCCACCGUGCCAGAGUCCUCAGAGCUUUCCCAUGUUCUUAAUGCGACAUUUGCAGCCUAUCAUUCGGCCACUCAACAGGGCUACAACCUUUCUUCCCUUCUUACCACUUGGGACGCUGGUGAACGGAUAUCCAACCACGCACUGGUAGAGCAAGUGAAUUGCUCCUCGUUGAAAAGCAGUUUGGGUAUCAAAGCGAAUGCCUCUGAUCCUUCACUCCCCUCCGAACAUGUAGAAAUGGCUGCGCACAACUCGACCGAAGUGAAUGCUGUUUUGCCACCCGGGAACGAAGACUUGGUGACAGAUAGCAUCACCAUGAUUGCUCGUGGGUCUGCUCAUCAUCAGCCACUGCCCACGGUGGUGGAACAAACCCCUCCUGCCGGUGUCUCUCUACCCACGCUAAAUGGGAUAGAGAGCAAUGACGCGCGCGUCAUUGAUCCCUCUGCUGCCUACCUUCGGCGUCAACUUACAAUCAAUGCAGAGGGAGAAGCCACAUAUUUGGACGGUGGACUGCCUCACCCAUCGCAGCCACCAGCUCUGACUAUUGCUACUGCUGUGGAACAGCAGAUAGCACCCCCUGCGAGUCCAACCAUGCCUGGCAGACCGACGCGCGUAGGUCGACUGCUUGGUGCGCACCGUGAAUGUGUCGAAGCCACUGCCACCUCUCCGAGGACCGUGGACAGUGCUCGAUCAUUAUCCGGAACGACAAUCGCUUCCGUCCAACUAUCUCCGGACACGGAAGUCUCCGGAAUGGCCAUUCCUAGCGCUACUGAUCCCUCACUUUCUAUCCGCUCGGCUCUGUCUGACAGUCUAGUGGGGAGUGGGCAAAAUGUACCAAAUGUGAUCACCCUUCCUGAUAAGACUGCAGCGGAGGGCGUCUCAACUUUAGUUGGAGGAGGUGCAGGUGGAGUGUUCUCGCAGGUGCCAACGGUGUGCGGUAGCACUACCGUUGCUACCACGAUUUCCGACACCGCUACCAACGCCGCAGCAACACCGGUUGACUUUUCUGCUGCGGCCAGAAACAUCUUCCAGGUCGCUGCUGCUGCUGCUGCCUGCGUCAACAAUAGUCCUGCACAGCCCUCACCCCAACCCUCGGGUAUCACCCCAUCUACUUCCUCUACCUCUACCUCAGUUUCUGGCAGUCUUGAGGCCCAAAUGCCCAAGUGCAUGGACGUAAUUCGGCUGGCUAUCAUGGAGACUCUCCAGGAUCAAUUCGCGCACCUGAACUCUGAGAAUGAGGCUCUGCGCACUGCAAUUAACAACUUGCAGCACGAAAACCACCUCCUGCAGAGCUAUAAGAGGGCCUUCUUUGAUCUGCGUCAGUUCUUCCAACCCGAUAUUUGGGAGCAGAUUGAACAGCGCGUGCGUGGAGUCGAAGCCGUGGCCGCUGCAGCUGCCUCUGCCGAUUCUGCCGGUCAACAGCACUUCUUCCCACCGUCCACACAGCCUUCACAACAAAACUCUGCAUUCCAGUCCCAAAAUCGACAGCAGUCGCCCUCUCAUCUUCCUCCGGAUGCUCAGCCUACCUCUGACACAUCUGUCACUCUACCACCGCCACCACCACCACAACAACAAAACACUGCGUCCUAA